CGUAAACAAUAACCAUAUCCACCCAAAGCAUAUUAUUUUUGUUAGAUCGAUUACAUUGCUCCUAAGCAACGUAUCCUCAAAGAAGCCAAGCAAGAAUAUAAGUCUGUUCCAUAUAACGAUUUCAUUUCCACGUCAAAUACAAAAAUGGAAAAUUCCGCACCGGCUGCUAAUAUAAGCAGACCCGGACGGCGGGAGCCAUCCAUAGACCCCGUCAAAGCUCAAGGCGUCUUAAAAGCUGUGACGAAGAAGUCGAGAGACGCAGCACGACUCUGGCAAGAAAGAUGGGGUUUCUACAGACAGAUCAGAAAUAUACAAGAAGAGGAAGCUCAAAAGAUAGGAAUGUCGUUGGAGGAAUAUAAUGCAGCAUUGCAAUCAGUGAGCUGUCAUCCUGUGCCGCCCAAACCUAGCGUUGUAGUAGACCCAUCGCCAACACCCUUGCCUCCGACCACGUCUGGUACUGUCGGUCGUCGCGCUCUGUGUCCGUUAGAGCGUUACGGAAAAUUGGUGAAAACAAACAUCGAUUAUCCGACUCGUCCGCCAUUGAAGCCAGGCCAGCUCUACGAUCCAUAUAAACAAACUUUGAUUUUCUUGGGAAGCGUGGUUGGCGACCCGAUAUCCUAUAAACUGCCUCCAUCCCGAUGCGAGGUGACGGACGACAUGUGGGCUCGACCACAACAGCUCUCUACGACUCCACUUGGUCGAAUAGAAGAAGCAUUUAGACAGUAACCACAGUAAAAUAUGUCAAUAAACCAUUUUCUACGUUUAUUACACAAUAAAUAAAUCAUUU